GUGCUGGGAUAUUGGAUGUUUCCGAGGAUCGCCUGCUCUUGGAAAGGGUGCUGUGAGUGGCUUCGAUGCUGUGGUGGAGGGGAGCCCAGACCUCGCACGGUGUGGUUGGGACACCCGGAGAAGAGGGACCAGAGGUACCCUCGAAAUGUCAUCAACAACCAGAAGUACAAUUUCUUCACCUUUCUUCCCGGGGUGCUGUUCAACCAGUUCAAGUACUUCUUCAACCUCUAUUUCUUAGUUCUCGCCUGCUCCCAGUUUGUCCCCGAGAUGCGGCUUGGCGCCCUCUACACCUACUGGGUCCCUCUGGGCUUCGUGCUGGCCGUCACCGUCAUCCGUGAGGCAGUGGAGGAGAUCCGAUGCUACGUGCGGGACAAGGAAGUCAACUCGCAGGUCUACAGCCGGCUCACAGCAAGAGGGACGGUGAAGGUGAAGAGUUCCAGCAUCCAGGUGGGCGAUCUCCUCAUCGUGGAGAAGAACCAGCGGGUCCCUGCCGACAUGAUCUUCCUGAGGACAUCAGAGAAAAACGGCUCUUGCUUCCUGCGGACGGACCAGCUGGACGGGGAGACGGACUGGAAGCUGCGGCUGCCCGUGGCCUGCACACAGCGGCUCCCCACGGCCUCCGACCUUCUCCAGAUCCGUGCCUGCGUGUACGCGGAGGAGCCGAACAUUGACAUUCACAACUUCGUAGGAACUUUCACCAGGGAGGACAGCGACCCGCCCAUCAGCGAGAGCCUGAGCGUGGAGAACACGCUAUGGGCCGGCACCGUGAUCGCGUCAGGCACCGUUGUGGGUGUUGUCCUUUACACCGGCAGAGAACUCCGGAGCGUCAUGAACACGUCCAACCCCCGAAGCAAGAUCGGCCUGUUUGACCUGGAAGUGAACUGCCUCACCAAGAUCCUCUUCGGCGCCCUGGUGGUGGUGUCGCUGGUCAUGGUCGCCCUGCAGCACUUUGCUGGCCGCUGGUACCUGCAGAUCAUCCGAUUCCUCCUCUUGUUUUCCAACAUCAUUCCCAUCAGUCUGCGCGUGAACCUGGACAUGGGCAAGAUCGUGUACAGCUGGGUGAUUCGGCGGGAUUCGAAGAUCCCCGGGACUGUGGUUCGAUCCAGCACGAUUCCUGAGCAGCUGGGCAGGAUUUCUUACUUACUCACAGACAAGACCGGAACUCUCACCCAGAACGAGAUGGUUUUCAAACGACUGCAUCUGGGCACAGUGGCCUAUGGCCUCGACUCCAUGGAUGAAGUACAGAGCCACAUAUUCAGUAUUUACACCCAGCAGUCCCAGGAGCCUCCGGCUCAGAAGGGCCCCACGGUCACCACCAAGGUCCGGCGGACCAUGAGCAGCCGCGUGCACGAAGCCGUGAAGGCCAUAGCGCUCUGCCACAACGUGACCCCCGUGUACGAGUCCAACGGCGUGACCGACCGGGCCGAGGCCGAGAAACAGUACGAGGACUCCUGUCGCGUGUACCAGGCGUCCAGCCCAGACGAGGUGGCCCUGGUCCAGUGGACGGAGAGCGUGGGCCUGACCCUGGUGGGCCGAGACCAGUCUUCUAUGCAGCUGAGGACCCCUGGCGACCAGAUCCUGAACUUCACCAUACUGCAGAUCUUCCCUUUCACCUACGAGAGCAAGCGCAUGGGCAUCAUCGUGAGGGAUGAAUCCACUGGAGAAAUCACAUUUUACAUGAAGGGGGCCGACGUCGUCAUGGCUGGCAUUGUGCAGUACAACGACUGGCUGGAGGAGGAGUGCGGCAACAUGGCCCGGGAGGGACUGCGGGUGCUCGUGGUGGCCAAAAAGUCUCUGGCGGAAGAGCAGUACCAAGACUUUGAGGCCCGCUAUGUCCAAGCCAAGCUGAGCGUGCACGACCGCUCCCUCAAAGUGGCCACGGUGAUCGAGAGCCUGGAGAUGGAAAUGGAGCUGCUGUGCCUGACGGGUGUGGAGGACCAGCUGCAGGCUGACGUGCGGCCCACGCUGGAGACCCUGAGGAACGCAGGCAUCAAGGUCUGGAUGCUGACGGGGGACAAGCUGGAGACAGCCACGUGCACGGCCAAGAACGCACAUCUGGUGACCAGAAACCAGGACAUCCACGUGUUCCGGCUGGUAACCAACCGUGGGGAGGCCCACCUGGAGCUGAAUGCCUUCCGCAGGAAGCAUGACUGUGCCCUGGUCAUCUCUGGAGACUCCCUGGAGGUGUGUCUCAAGUACUAUGAGUACGAGUUCAUGGAGCUGGCCUGCCAGUGCCCGGCCGUGGUCUGCUGCCGCUGUGCCCCCACCCAGAAAGCCCAGAUCGUGCGCCUGCUCCAGGAACGCACCGGAAAGCUCACCUGUGCAGUAGGUGACGGAGGCAACGACGUGAGCAUGAUCCAGGAGGCGGAUUGUGGCGUGGGGGUGGAAGGCAAGGAAGGGAAGCAAGCGUCCCUGGCCGCGGACUUCUCCGUCACUCAGUUUAAGCAUCUCGGCCGGUUGCUCAUGGUGCAUGGCCGGAACAGCUACAAGCGCUCAGCUGCGCUCAGCCAGUUUGUGAUCCACAGGAGUCUCUGCAUCAGCACCAUGCAGGCUGUGUUUUCCUCCGUGUUCUACUUCGCCUCCGUUCCUCUCUACCAGGGAUUCCUCAUCAUUGGGUACUCCACGAUUUACACCAUGUUCCCCGUGUUCUCCCUGGUCCUGGACAAGGACGUCAAGUCGGAAGUGGCCAUGCUGUACCCCGAGCUCUACAAGGACCUGCUCAAGGGACGACCGUUGUCCUACAAGACGUUCUUAAUCUGGGUUUUGAUUAGCAUCUAUCAAGGGAGCACCAUCAUGUACGGGGCGCUGCUGCUGUUCGAGUCGGAGUUCGUGCACAUCGUGGCCAUCUCCUUCACGUCGCUGAUCCUUACCGAGCUGCUCAUGGUGGCGCUGACCAUCCAGACGUGGCACUGGCUCAUGACGGUGGCUGAGCUGCUCAGCCUGGCCUGCUACGUCGCCUCCCUGGUGUUCCUGCACGAGUUCAUUGAUGUGUACUUCAUCGCCACCCUGUCGUUCCUCUGGAAAGUCUCUGUCAUCACUCUGGUCAGCUGUCUCCCCCUGUACGUCCUCAAGUACCUGCGAAGACGAUUCUCUCCCCCCAGCUACUCGAAGCUCACGUCGUAGGCUGUGUGCUGGGCCGUGGGGACCCCGGGCCCCUCACUUUCUCGGUGGACAGAGUUCACAUUCUGUUUGUAUUAACCGCCCCCUGUGGAUUGUGCAGUAAUUGCUAACACGUGCCGUUCUGAUGUGGCAAGCGGUGCCCCCGGGCGGACCUCACAGGGAAGACGUGGGGUGGGGGUGGCUCUGAGAGGGGCCACACGCACCUGUCAGACCCCAGUCGUCACGUGGGAGUGACCGUGACGUCAGAUCAGGCGGCUCGCCUGCCAGCUGUGUGGGUCGCUGUGCAAGCUUCCUUAUGACUUGAAUUUUGUUGUCAUGUGAUAAAACUUUCUGUCUAGUUGAAGGUUAUAGAAAGCUUUUUUUUUUUAAAGCAGUCCUAUCAUGUGUGUCCUCUUUAAAAGUCUCUUGCUCCUAAAAAGUGGUUUCAGAAAAACAUAGUUCUCAGUGUAGGUUUGGGAGGCCGGGACAGUGACAUUUGUUAAAAAGUCAUCCAAACAGCGAUUCCAUCCGGAGAUGCUGGGCAUCCUCUCUAAGCCCUGCUUUGAGAAGGGGCCCUGGAUUUCUGGGCUCACACAGCAUGGCCAUGCGAGGAGAGGGUGGGAGAGUCAGCUUCACCUGCAGCCUCGUAAAGGAAUCCCAGAGGUGGCGCUGCUGCUUCGUGGGGAGCUGGUGACAGUUACAAAGUGGUAUCUAUCUGAGGACACCCUCUGGCACUUUCGGUGGGUUGUUUUAGCAGGAAACCUGCCACCGAGCAGCCCCUACAUGUGUCAGCAGUGUGAUAAGAGAUCCAGCUAAGUCUUCAGACAACCUGGCAGAUGUGACUCAGACCCUCUGAGGCCAGAGCGGAAAGGUCAGGGCACCAGGGCUCUGCUCUUCCCCGGCAGCCUGUUUCCUGUUAGGAGGAGUUACUGAGGACGAGCUGGCAAAAGCAGUGAUAUCUUGCUCUUCCUCAGUGGCAGCCUUCAAAGCCAGGAGCCCCCCGGGGAGGAGGCCCGGCUGCAGCUCGGGACUGGGGAUCAGCUCGCCUGGCAGGAUUUCCAGGGAACGUGCUGAAAGGCAGCCAGGGAAAGGCUGCUUCUUUCUCCCUGCCAGCGCAGGCUGCACGCACGUGUGUUUCUUAUAAAGCGUGGCUGCCGCUUGCAGAGGGAGAUGGGGGCUUGGGAGCGUUAGACGUGGCAGGGCAUUCUUGGGCAUGCAAGUCACUUCUUGUGCAAGGCACAUGUGGGUGCCAUAAGGGUUAAGUCGGCGCGGCCUGCAGACUUGAGCGCGGUGCUGUCCUGGGUUUGUGAUUAGCUCUGUUUGAGCUCACACCCUUCAGACCCGUGGUGCGGCUAUCUGUGUGUGCCUUGCCUG